CCGUCUCCGUUGCUCAACUGUGUAAUCAGUUUUUUCUUGAAUAAAGUUCCCAUUCAAUCUACAGUUUCUCUAAUGAAGCCAAAGCUGGGAAUUGGACUUAUGUGUCCUAUAUUUCUAACCAACAGAUUCCUGGCACCCUAGCCAUGGCCAAAAGUCUAGUACAUAUACAAUCCCAGGGAACUUCAAGAUUGAAUGAAAAAUGGAUUUAGUUACAGUUAUAUUAUUCUCUAUUUGCAGUACUUUAUGCUUCCAUUUUAUUCUGAUUCUAAUUAGAUUCAUUGAUAAGGUAUGGCGGACUCCAAUUCAACUACAGACUAUGAUGAAAUCACAGGGAAUCAGAGGUCCUCAAUACAGAUUUCCUCAUGGGAGUACCAAAGAAAUCUCUAAAAUGAGGAGCCAAUCUAUGGAAAAGCCAAUGGAAAUGUCACACAGUAUAUUUCCUAGAAUACAGCCUCAUAUUUAUUCGUGGACGAAAACUUAUGGGAUGAAUUUUCUUAAUUGGCAUGGGUCACAAGCACAGUUGUUUGUGACAGAGCCAGAGCUAAUCAAAGAAAUACUGAUGAAUAGAGAAGGUUUCUACCCGAAAAUGGAAAUGGAAGGGCAUGCUAAGAACCUGCUAGGUGAAUCUCUUAUAACGAAUGAGGGUGAAAAAUGGGCAAAGAUACGGAAACUGGCAAACCAUACUUUCCAUGCAGAGAGUCUAAAGAGUAUGGUUCCGGAAAUGAGUUCAGGCGUUGAGAUGCUGCUUGAGAGGUGGAAAGGUCAUAUCGGAGAAGAGAUCGACGUGUUUAAAGAGUUUGGAUUGUUAACAACCGAAGUAAUUUCAAGGACAGCAUUCGGAAGUAGCUACAUCGAAGGAGGCCAUAUAUUUGAGAUGGUGGCAAAGUUGACAGAAAUAACUGUUAGAAAUAUUUACAGAGUCAGAUUUCCUGGCAUAAGUAUGCUAUUAAAGUCAGAUGAUGAGAUCAAAGCAGAGAAACUCAAAGAAGGAAUAAAAAGUUCCAUCUUUGAGCUUGUAAAGAAGAGGGAAAAAGUGAAAAAUAACGGAGAAUUUGAAGAUUUCGGAAGUGAUUAUCUUGGACAACUGUUGAAAAUUUUUCAUGAAGCUGAUACAAAAAAGAGGAUUACAAUUGAACAGAUGAUUGAUGAGAUCAAAGCAAUGUAUGGUGCUGGACAUCUUACAACUACAAGCUUACUUUCAUGGUGUAUUUUUCUACUGGCAAUCCAUACUGAUUGGCAAGAGAAAGCAAGAGAAGAGGUGUUUGGAAUAUUUAGCAGUGAAAAACCGAAUUCAGAUGGCAUUGCACGAAUGAAAAUAAUGAAUAUGAUUAUCAACGAGUGUCUCAGACUAUAUCCUCCAGUUCUCACUUUAACAAGAAAAGUACAGCAGGGAGUUAAACUAGGGAAUCUGAACCUUCCAGGCAAUAUCAACAUCUUCAUUUCAAUUCUGGCACUGCAUCACAACCCUCAAAUCUGGGGCAAAGAUGUUCAUAUAUUCAAACCAGAGAGAUUUGCCGGGGGAGUUGCUAAAGCUACAAACAAUAAUGUUGCUGCAUUCUUUCCCUUCGGGGUGGGGCCUCGAACUUGUGUAGGCUUAAACUUCACCACCAAUGAAGCCAAAAUUGCACUUUCAAUGAUUCUGCAGCGUUACAAAUUCUUGUUAUCUCCUAAUUAUGUCCACUGCCCUGCUGAUAUUUUCAUUCUUACUCCAAAACAUGGGGUUCAAGUCAUUCUCCAAGCAAUUUAAAAGGAGAGAAGUGUUUCACUUCAAGGAUGACAGUAUUUAUAUGGUAGACAUAUAAAUUUUCUGCAAUUAUGUUUAGUAUCAUAAUGUAAAGUAUAAUGUUGGAAAACCUGUUCCAUAUUGCCAAAGAAAUGUGAAGCUAACUGCAUGUUUGAUUAA